AUGGCCACGCCUGGCAAUAACCGCUAUGCGAUGUUCGCUAGCGCAGACAGCAGCGAAACUGCCGUCCGUAGUCCAGCUGUUGACCCUUCUCAAAAUCCGUUCCUGAACCAGAUUGCCGAUGACUCGUUACCAUGGCAAGAGGUCAAGAAGCGCGGCGCUCCUGCAGUGCAGCCGGCACCACCGGUUCGACGCUCUCCGCAAGUGGUGAAUGACCGCACCAAGGCUAUCCUCAAUCGCCCGCGCGCCCAGCAAGGACAAGAUCGCGUCGUCUCAGGCUCAACCGAUAACACACCCGAAAAGGCAUACGAUCCACACGAGAACUGGUGUGGUGUCUGCUCGUACAAGUUCGCCAACAAGGCUACACUGCUCAGUCACAUCAAGCAGAGCGUCGGACACGAAAACUACUGCAACCUCUGCAAGCGAGUCUUUGUAGACCGCAAUGGACUCAAGAACCACGUCGAUAAUGCAGCGAAUCAUGAAGUUCACUGCAACCUCUGCCUCUCCGCUUUCAAGGAUGACUGGGCUCUUAAGAACCACUUUGAGAAUAACUACAGUGUCGGCCAUGAGUGGGUGUGUCUCACUUGCCUGCUCGGCUUCAAGACUCGCGUUGAGUUGGAGCGACAUCUUCAGGCCGCUGCGAAGCAUACGUGGUGCGGAACAUGCCAGCGCCGUUUCCGCAAUCAAGAUGAACGCGAUGCACAUUGGGAGCAGACGAACAGGCAUAAGCAUUGCUUACAGCCAGGUUGCGACUUCGAUGGACCGGAUCAUUCCGCGCUUGCACAACAUCUCAAGUGUGAUCAUUUCCAGUGCGAAGACUGCAAGCGCAUAUUACCGAGCUUUAACAAGCUCACCCAGCACAACGAGAGCUGUUCAUUCGUACUUUCCUGCCCCCAAUGCGGCGAGCACUGUGCUGGAAAGACCCGACUGGGUCUCCAUCUCGAGAAAUGCUUUCUUUGCGAGGAAUGUGGCUUCCACACCCACCACGAGGGCAACUACCACAUUCACAUGACUAAGCACAGGUCCGCUGACAUUGGCUGUUGGGCCUGCGACGCACCGAUGCGCACCUACUCCAGUCUCAUCAAUCACUUGGAGUCAGGCAAAUGCCCCAAUUUCAACGACCCGGCACUUCUUACGCGCUGUCUCGGAAAGUGGUGGUACUCGGCGCUUUACAUGGAUCUCGAUAUGCAUGCGUCCAUUCGCAUAGGCCGCGUCGAUAUCCGCGAGGUACAGCGUUGGUCGGCAGCUGGUGACCUUCACCCUUUCGUGUGUCGCGACGAGGGAUGUGGAAAAGUCUUUGGUCAUCUGAGUUCGCUGGUGUUGCACUGUGAGAGCCAGGCUUGCGGUUGGGGUGUCGAUCGCUUGAACAUGCCUGGGCUGGAGAAGGAGUUCAAGCACACGUGUCUUCGGAGGGAUAGUGACAUUACCUAGGAGCGAGUGCAACCUCCGAUGGUAGUGGGCAUGCUCGAG